UCACUAUGAUGCGCGCUUAGCUGAGAGGAGGUCCUCAGCGCCCGGCUCUUGAUGCGUGCGUAAAACUUUCUAAUGAAAUCAAAAAACACUUUUUGACCAACUUAGAAUUCGUUCUACUAAGGUCAAGAGGGCCUGAUACAUUCACCGAAGAGAAAACUUCAGAAUCAUGGACCCCAAAUCUACCGAGGGAGGGGCUGAAGAGGAGCUCCUUGGAAACUUGUCACCAAAUCCACCUGCUGAGGUGGCACAGAAGCAUGGGGUAGGGUACGAGCUGGAGGAGGAGCAGGAUGACCUGGCAGAGCACCAGCCUCUGGAACAGGAGGACCUGAACUUUGAGAAAUGGAAGCGCAGGCCCGUCCCCCAGCGAACACUCCAUGAGAAAAUAGACGACGUGAAGACCUAUCUAUGGAACGCAGAGACCAGGGAGUUCAUGGGUCGCUCCGGAAAGAGCUGGAGCCUUAUCCUCUUAUUCUAUUCAGCACUUUAUCUGUUCCUGGCGGCCAUGUUUGGUGGCUGUAUGUGCUGCCUCAUGUGGUCUAUCAGUCCUUACCAUCCCACCCACAAUGACAGGGUGAUGCCACCAGGUAUGACGAUGUCCCCAUAUCUCGAGGGCUUUGAUAUCAUCUUUAACGCCUCUGAUCGGAAAUCCUGGAAGAAGUAUGCUAAAUCUAUGGAAGAAUACCUCAAACCGUACAACGACGGUGUGCAGGAGAGGAAGAAUAUCCAGUGUUCACAAGACAACAAGUACUUCCACCAGGACGACCUGGAAGAGGCUGCGGAGAGGAAGUCAUGUCAGUUCAAGAGGUCCUGGUUGGAGCAGUGCUCAGGUCUCCAGGACCCUCACUUUGGCUUCGCCCAGGGAAAGCCCUGCAUCCUCCUUCGAAUGAAUAGGAUUCUUGGGUAUUUACCUGGUCAAGGCACACCUAUCGAUGUGACUUGUGGUGUCAGGAAAGGGCCACCUGAUUCCCUUGGAGAAAUUCAGUUCUUUCCCAAAAGCAUCUUUGAUCUGAAGUACUAUCCCUACUAUGGAAAACUAAGACAUGUGAACUACUCAGCUCCAGUGGUGGCGGUGCGUUUCGCAGGGGUGCAGUUUGACACCCACAUUCAAGUACAGUGUACACUGAAUGGCAAGGGAAUCAUCAACGAUUCACAAACCGACCGCUACCUAGGCAGAGUGACUUUCUCAUUAGACGUGGGUGCAUAGGGAAACCACUGAUGCCCCCAUGACAAAAUGAGACAGGAAAAUAUAUGAAAACUCUCAUUCUGUUACACCUUUAUGUUGCCUAUAUACCCUUGUGCCUUCUGAUGAAACAAAAUAUUGACUACAUAAUGUUCAAGAAGUAUACACAUACUCAUACACACAUACAUUCACACCUCACCUCACAGACAGUGCUGAGCACAAGAUGCAGUAAGUAGUGAAACUGAAUAUUACCAUUGCAUACCUGACAUUUAGCCUGAUUAAUAGCCCUAGGGUAACUAGACAGAAGACACAGCUCAAAGUUUUGUACACUGCCCAAACGUUAGCCAUAGCUAUGCAAUUAUUGAUUUGAAAGUUAAUAGCCUAAUGAACAGUAAGAAAUACCUACUGUUACAAUAUGGAUAGAGAAGCAAGCUAAACACAUUUGGUUUGAAAUCAAAUUGUGAACUAAUUUCUUUUUAGUGAACCUUUGUAAACCUUUUAGUUACAUGUAUAUUUCAUUGUAUAGACUCCACGGACAUGGUCAGCAGCAGGGCACUUGUACUGUAUUUCCAGUAUUAUCUACUUGCUAUUAUCACAGUUAUAAAGCCCUAUGCCUCUUUAUUUCUUUCUCUUUUGUACAAACACUAUGACACUGCCAUCGAGAAUGAAAUACUGCAGAAUACCCGCUGAUGACAGGAGAGAUUGACUGUGAGAACAGAUUGUGCUUUAUGGUCAGACAUGUGUAGUAACAGCUUUCCCUUGCUCUUACAGAAAUAACAAUGUUAUAUUUGAUGUAGAAUUAAUUUGAUCUUUGCUAUUGUCCAUACUAAAACUGGUAUCCAUGUUGUAUUUAUUCUGAUAGCUACUUUAAUAAAUACAAUGAUCUUAUACAUACAAUGCUCUUUCAUGAGAAUGUAUAAACCACUUAAUUGUAUAGAUGGCCAGAUUAUUCUAUUACAUGUUAUGUGUAAUAUGUCCUAGAUCAAAGGAAAAAUGAUCAAAUCUUAUUUUUCAUGGAUAUCAAUCAGAGUAUGCAACAGGUCAUGUAACAAAACAGUAUCCACAAGCAGAGAUGAAGCAACACACAUAAUUUAGCUGUCACACUUGAAGAGUUUACUUUUCUCAAAUGUAUGUUGAAGAGAUUUCAGAAUUAUUUAUUAAUUAUAUUCCAUAAUGUCGACAUGGCACUAUCAGUAAUCAAAACUGCCUCAAGGUCUGUGGAGUCAGUUCAGUACAAACAAGAAUUAUGCCAAUUCAGACUGUUGAGUGAAUCAUAACACUAUAGCAAUGUAAGCAAAUAAAUGUGAAACUGAAUAAACUAAUUGAACAAAA